AUGGAGGCGGCCUCAUGGGCUCGUAGUCUCGAUUCUGUUCUGUCGGAUCGAUUUAUUUUGGAUGCUUUUAAAGAAUGGCUCGAGGAAUAUUCGUCACCGCAAUAUCUUGAUUUGCAUUUUGCGAUUCUAGCGUAUGAAAGAAUGGUUUUGGAACGAAAUCCCAAGGUAAAUAUUUUUGACGUGUUUUAAAACGUGAACUUUGAUUUUUCACGUCACACUGUUCCAAUUUCAGUUUUGAAUUUUUGAUUACAGAAAAAUGAGCUUGCAAAGGAAAUUUAUUCAACAUUUAUCUCAUCAAGAACUGGAAGUUGUGAAGCGAUUCCGGCAAAAAUUAGACUAUCUGUAAGUUUUUCUCUAUUUCAAAGAAUAUUUUGAAAAUUAAUUGAAAUUCCCAGAUUGGCGAAAAGAUUCGAGCAAUGAAUUCAACCGAUCUCGAUCCUCGAAUAUUCUCGCAUUGCUCUGUUUUUGUCGAUGAUUUCCUCCGUCGUCAACAUCAAGAAUUUGUGAGUUCGGAUGAAUUCAUCGAGGCUUUCAAUAAAUUUCAAAUCAACGAGCAAAAUGCGAAUACAAUUGAGAGGAAAAAGAGGAAUGAUUGGAGAAAAACAACGAAAACAACACAACAAUUGACGGCAGAAGCAUUGUUGAAAUCGAGAAAAGUUCGACAGACUGAAAUGUUCGUUUUUUUUUGAAUUUAUAUUUUUCGAAAUUCAAAUAUUUGCUAUAAAAUAGAAACGAUUCUCGUAUCUCUUUCUAACCUGUUGAGUAUUCUCUACAAAAAUUGUUAGGCCACGCCCACUAUCCUAUUAGGUUAAUCAUUAUGUUAUGUCAUUUUUUUUGCAGAAAACUUGAGAAAAUGUAUCCUCCACCAACUCGUCAACCUUAUGUCUGUAAUGCUACAACAAGUCACAAUGAUUCUGCAGUGUCUUCAUCAUUUUCAAAUGACACGCCAUCUUCAACGCAUCGCGGAACGAAAAUGAGACAAGCUAGGGAUAAUCCAGUCACUUUUACCAUACCGGUGGGUUUUUUUUUUGGAGAAAAAUAUGUAAAAUUCUGAAAAUUGCUCUGCUUCAUCGUUCAAUUUCUCAAAAUUAAUUUUGAGGGGAAAAAAUGGAAAAUUUUUAUUUUUCACUGAAUUCAAGCCUGAAAACAGAAAAGGCCGAAGUUUCAGAUUUCCUAAAUCUCCUAAACCAUUUUUUUCUCAGCGAGUUGAAAAAUCGAAUCAAAUCGAUGGCCAACAAUUCGAUCAUUCAUCCGAAUUCGGAAGAAAACAAUUUGUCCAGGCAGUCACCAAUAAAAUGAUGCGAAUAUUGGAUAAAAUUAAAUUGAAUGAUGAAACUGAGCAAAGGAUAAAUGAUAUUGAACAAUGCAAAUAUACGGUUGGUGAAAUUUAUUCAGAAAUGUGGAAAAAGCGUUUCAUUUCUUAAAUUAAAAAAAAUCAAUUUUUCUACAGACUUUGGAUAUGGUUUAUGGUACAAAUGCGGAUGAAGAUAUGGGAAAAAUAGACGAAGAAGAGGAUAUUGAUGUUUAUAUCAAACAGAGGAUGAAAGAUGAAUCACAAAGAGCAUCUGCGAAUCGAUCACCUCAAAUUAAUGGUAUUCUUUUUAUCGAUUGGUUUCACGGAAUACUUAAUUAUUUCAUUUUCAGAUACAUUCUCGCCAUCUCGAGAAGUUCAAUCAACAUCAAAUCAUCCACGUGUAAUCCAACAUCAUCCGAUCGAUCGAAUGACACAAUCAAUGAUAUCUUAUCCAUAUCGAGGAGGAACAAUAUCUCAUAAUCAUCACGAUAUUUCAAUGUUUCAUAAUGUGAAUAAGAUUUCGUUGGACACAUUUGCACCGCCGCCACAAAAUAUGUUCAAUCAACAUUUUACGACGAUGUCUAGGAGUAGUCGGUGAGAGAUUUUGAAGAGAGAAGUAGAGUUAGGGGAAACUUUGAAUUGUAGAUGACUUAAUAUAAUUUUUAAAAAUUGAUUCGGCUACGGUCCAAAAAUCUCGGAUUUUCACUGAAUUUCGACCAAAAAUCAUUCCAAAAUCUUUAAAAUUAGAUAAUUUUCAUUGAAAAAUCACAAACUUACCAAAUUUUUAUUUUAAAAAUUCGUUUAAUUUUCCUCAUUUUUUCGCUGUUUCAAAAUUUAUAUAACUCGAUUUUGGGAUUUUUUUUCAUCAAAUUGGAAACUUACGAAUUUUCAGUUAGUCUCAUUUUUUGAACAAAUUCGGAUUUUUCUGAAAGUUUUUGAUACGUGGAUUUCUGGCGCAAAACACUAGACAUAUCUAGAUCGGUAAUGAAGCGAUCCACGUGGCAAUAUUUUUGAAAUUUGGAAAAAUGCAUUGCUGCUAAAUUUAAUGUUUAAUUAGAAACUGUAAUCCGAGCUUGAAAAUUAUAAAAAUCUCAAUUUUUCAGAGACAAUGGUAGUCAAAUGUAUGAUUCAUCUGGAAUUGGUUCGAUGGCACCAUCUGCAUUUUCAGCAUCUUCAGAUUCUUCAAGAGAUCGACGAUCGCGAAAUCAUCGAUUACCUCCACAUUUCUCUUCUUCACAUCAUAGCAGUAAUUAUGGAACAACUCCGAGAAAACACAAAACAAAACAACAACAAAAUAUGUCGAAUUUGAUCACUAUUUCUUAUGUUGGUGAGUUGGGUGGGAAAAUUUGAUUUUGUUUCCGAAAAAAACCGAAAAUUCCAGUGGAUUCACGAAGAAAUUAAUUUAGAAUACAUAAUUUUCAAACGAGAAAAUAUAACAUCUGACAUUUCAGGGAUACAAUUUUAAAAAAAUCCCAAACCUGUUAAUCCCAACCGAUCCCUAAAGUUUUAUUUUUUAAUUCGACAAUCUGAAGUUUCACUGGAGUUGUGAUGAAAUUUCUGGACUCAUCCCCUAAAAGCUCAUUUUUUCUUCCAAAAAUCGCUUAUUUUCAGGAUUCGAUGGUGUUCCAGUUGUUGCUCAUGUUCCCAAUAAUGGUCCAAUGACACUUUGCGAAUUUCGUCAAUAUUUUUUGCUCAAUCACUCUCAAUUAUUUUUCAAAACCGAAUGCGAGGACGGAACAGCGCCAUAUCAAUUAGAAUUAAUCAACGAUGAUAAUCAGAUUCUGCCAAUUUUUGAGGUUUGUUUUUGGCGGGUUUUGGAAUUGGGGGAAAAUUAUAAAAAAUUCCCAAUAGGACAAUUUUAUGAAAAAAUUAAUUUACUGUUUCGAAGAAUUAUUUAACUUUAGAAAAUGUUUGAAUAUCUAGCUAAUGAAAAAAAUGCAAUUUUUUGAAUCUUCAUAAUGUUCCCCUCAAAAGCUUUCCUUUUCUAUUUUCCUCCCCAACAAUUCCAUUUUUCCAGGGUCGAAUCACUGCUCAAGUGAGGUAAUACAACAUUUUACGAGUUUCUAUUGUUUUUUUUUGCGAAUUUUCACACACUUUUACAAAAUGUAAAUAAAUCUUUGUUAUUAAUUUGUAACUGGAAAGCUGAAGAAAAUUGGGAUUUUUUAAUUCUGUUCGUAUUUAUUUUCGAAAAAAUGAAUUUGUUUUGAGAAAAAUUACAGGAAAUCAGAAUGAAAAUGUUGCGAACAUUUAUCAGAUUUUCUUCAAAUUCCAAUAAAUCGAUGAUAUUUCCAAGUAAACAAUUUAUGCAUCGAAAUGUUCGAAGACCUUCGCAAAAAGAGCGAUUUGUUCAGAUUUGUUCGGAAAUUGAAAUUUAUCAGGAUAUUUUUUCCAAAAAUCAGAAUGUUCUGAAAUUUGAUGAUAAAAUGUGGAUGAUUUUGAUGAAUAUGUUGAAUUGGGAAGAAAGAUAUAAAUAUUUGUUGGAAUUGGUCAAAAAUGAGAAUCGAGGUAGAAAAGAAGGAGAAGAAAAUGAGGAUAUUGACAGUAUUCCGGUAGGGAUUUUUUGAAGCCCAAAAAAAUUAUUUUGAUAAUGAAAAAAUACAAAAUUUCAAGUAACUUGUGGAAAUUUUUUGCAUUUUUCAAAUUUCCUAAUGAAACAGCUAAAAUUUUUUCAUGAGAAAAUAAUAGUGGAUUUUGAUUUACCCAAAAUUCAUUCAGCCGAAAAAUAAAGUUUUCACAGAUUUCAUCUCAAAAUCAACAACGACUUGAGAAUGGUGAAAUGGUGUAUGCUCGAAAUUUCCAUUCACUUUUGGAUAUUUAUGGAGCCGAUUUUCGAAGUCAGAUUCUAGAUACACAUUUUUCUUUUUUAACUCAAUUUUUCGUUCAGAAAAAAUCGAUGACUCAUAUGGUUCGAAUAUUCUUCGACAAAAUGACGAAAUUCCCGAAUUCAUAGUCGAUUGUCGAUUUUUGCGUGAAUAUUCGGUUUCGACGCAAGCCAAAUAUAUUCGACAAAUGCAAACGGUUCAUGAGGUGAAUUGGUUUUCGAAUCGACCAAUCAGAAUUCAUUUUGCAAAUUAUAAACCUGAUCAGCAGAUGGCGGAAAUUGCGAAAAAGUUGGUUUUUUAGGGGGCUGAAGGGGUUGAAAAAAUAAAAUUGAAACUUUCUAAUAAAAAACUGAUAAGCCUGAAACUUUCAGAAGUAAAGAUUGUUAAAAACUAGGUAGUCAAAAAAUCCAAUUAAUGAUCAAGCCGAAUUCUGAUCUAUCAAAAACAAAAAUGGGUCCUAAAAGUUAUCUCUUUUUCGGAAUAAUCACCGUAUUUUCUUCAAAGUUUUGAUUAAUUAUUGAAAGUUUUUUUUUAAGUUAGAAUUUAAAAAUUUCAAAGAAAACAAUUUUUUGAAAAUUCGGACGUUUAAUCUAUUUUCAAUCAAGCCGAUUCCAAAAAUCUUCAAAAAUAUUUCUAUUCCCUAAUCAUUCCCACAAUUUUUUUUAGAAUUCUACUCUUCCGAUAUGGUCCCCCAAAAAAUGCUUCUUCUUCUUCUUCUUCUUCAAAUUUCCAACCUCAUCCAUUUGCCCCAAAUCUAACGUCUCGCCGAAUUUCUCAAAUCCUCCAAAAAGAUCAAUUGAUCUAUAUAACACCGCGUGCAACUCGAUUUCUUCCCGAUAUUCUGCCGAAAAAUAUCAAAGGUUUUGCAUAUUGUCUUUCAAAUGAAUCGACGCCUUUUACAAGUGGACAAACUGCUGCGAUUUCGGAGAAGAUUGAACCAUAUCGGAUACCUUUUAAGAAAUAUAUCAGGUAUGGACAAAAAAAUGAGUUAGGAAAACUAGAGACGCAGAGGACCUAGAUAUAUAGAGCGUAGGAUUCUGCGUCUCUAGUUUCCUAUAACUGUCUAGUUAUUGUUGGGUCAUGAGUCUAACUCAUUUACCUCUGCGUUUUCUGUGUUCUCUAGAUGCCUAGCUUCUCUGCGUCUCUAGGUUUUCUAUACUCUCUAGAUUUUUUUUUACCAUGAAAAAAUCUUCUGUGUUUUUCAGUUCUGAUCUUCGGCCAACUUCACUGCAACUUUAUCAAAUUGCAAAUGUUAUGCGCGAUUAUUUUGGAGGUGAACAUAUCAAAAAUUGUAUUCAAAAUACUGUAAGUUCCAUUUUUCUCGAUUAUCAAAAACAAAAGAGAAUUAGAAAAAUUUUCAGAUAAAACCACGAGUUUAUACGAGGCGAGUAAUGAGUGAGGAGGAUUUGAAGAUUGAGGUGAUUUUUUUUUUGAAAAUUUGAAUUGAAAAUUAGAGAAAAAUUUUCUGGAGAAAUGGUUGAUUGAAUAGAGAAAAUAUAAAAUUGAGAGUCUCGAAAUCGUCAAAAUUGACGUGGAAAUUUGAAAAUUCAAAGAUUUUGGUGCCAAAAAGCCACGUGGAAAUUUUGAACAGUAAAAAUUGAAUAAUUUAUUGCGUAUUUUUUUGAGAUUUCUGGAUUUCCCCGAAAUUCUUCAGUUUCUUCCACCCUCACAAAAAAUUCAUCAAAAGAAAUCACAACAACCAAUUUUUCUCCCGGAACAUUUUUCUUUCAUUUUUUUGUUCCAUAGAAAUGAUUCAAAAGAAUGUUUUUGUGUAAAUCCAUUAAUCAGUUCAAAAAGUGAAGUGAGAAAGAAAGAUUACAUUUUUUUAUAUAGGAAUUUCGAUCAGCAAUGCAUCACAUCAACAACUGUUCCGCCACACAAUCAAACUAG